AUGGAUUCCAUUUCUUCAUAUAAUCGCAAUGCAUAUACUUAUCAGCAAGGAAGUAUGAUUUCACUUCCUGACGAAGAUGAUCCGAAAACAUUUGCUAGUGAACCAUCGAUACUACAACAAAGUCAAGAAUUAUCUACACAUCAUCUAUCAUCAUCAGCGUCUAUUUCAUCAACUGAUCAAGUCAAAUUACAGACUCUUGAUGAUACAAAUUCAUUGCCGACGGAUUUGCAAACAUCAACGAUUUCAAACACUGAAGAUACAAUCAUUCAAAACUGGCAACAUUUAACUGGCACAUCCAUAUUCGAUGAACAUGGAUAUCAGACAGUGUCUCAAUCAGAUUCAGUGAAUGAUGUUAGCACAAGUUAUGGCAUUCAUCAUCAGUCACAACAACAAGAAGAACAGCAACAGCAGCAAGAAUUCGGCCAAACAGAUAUUAAUUAUGAUCUUAAUCGUGCAUCGCCAGAAGAAAUUAGCUCGUCUAUAGAUUACGAAACAUUGAUUCGAUCAAAACAACUCUAUUUUGAUCCUAAUCCGGAAACUAUACGUAAACCACAAAUGAUUUCUCCCUUAGUUUAUAAGCAGAACAUUACAAUUAAAUUCUUAAAACCGCCCGCGAUUCCUCAAGGACCGUUAAUAAUUCGUGAAGUUCGUCCUCCUCAACCUCCACCUCCUCCACCACUCGUUAUCCGUCAACGCCCUCCGCCUCCACUUUCUCCACCUCCAAUUAUCCUACGAGAAAAACCACCACCAAUUCCGGUCACAAUGACAGCUCAAGUUUUGACUAAGACUCUCCCACCACUUCCACCGCCGCCUCGUUCCGUAAUUAUCGAAAAAUUACCACCUUUACCUCCUAAACCACGUGAUGUGAUCAUCGAACGUUGGAUCCCAUAUGAAGCUAGCAUGCUCAAACGUAAAGUAGUCGUUCAACGAGCUGAAGAAAUCAAACCAUAUCCACCUCCGAAAAACAUUAUCAUCGAAUACGAAAAAGUCGAAGCACGAGUUGUUCGACAGGUCGAACGGCUCGGCGUCGCUCCCGAAGAUCCAGAAAACUAUUAUGCACGUUACGGAAGCACUCUACUUGAUACAAAUGAACUAUUAGCACAAGUGAAACAACUUGGUAUCGUCGAAGAUUUGUCCAUUCCUCAACUACUUGAUCAAGGCUCAUCUGAGAAAAUCAUCUCAACUCCAUCCGAACGAAAGUUUCCCUACGAUAGUCCCUAUUCACCUGCUGCUUUCGAACAUGCAUCUGCUCGUGCAAGUGUCGCAGGAAGUUACACGACAGAGAAAAUUCUUUUCAGCGACUCAGAAACCGAUCCAUAUGCUCCAACCUAUGAAAAUCUCGUACAAGGCUCUGGAUUGUCCGUGACUUUUGAUGAUUUGAAUGAUGAUUCAUCUGGUCAAGAAACUAUCGGAGAUGAACUAUCGAACCAAUUAGCUCAAUAUGGCUUGACGGCAGAUGCGAUCCCGUACUAA